GACACAAACGUUCCAAAGGACGCCGAGAUUUUACAGGGAUUUCUGCCAUUUGUUAUCUCGGUGAAUUUUAUAACAUCGUGAGAGUAUCAUGGGGGACCCCGUGACAAAUCAACCCGGAGGGGGGAUGCCGCCACCCCAGGCAUACGGACAGCCACAAGGUCAGUACAACACCCAGUAUGGUGGGUAUGGUGCCGCCCCAGGCCAACCUGCUCAGCCAGGGUACUACCAGCAACAACAGCCUGGAGCCAUGCCCCCUAUGCCCCCUGGGGCUCAACAACCCCAGCAGCAGCAGUGGAUGGUCCGACCCCAGGGGAUCCCUGGCUGCCCCCCAGGGCUGGAGUAUCUCACCCAGGUCGACCAGCUCUUGGUUCACCAGCAGGUGGAGUUACUGGAGGCCUUCACUGGCUGGGAGACCAAGAAUAAGUACCAGGUGAAAAACUCUCUUGGACAGCAGGUUUAUUUUGCUGCUGAGGAGUCUGACAUGUGUAUGAGGCAGUGUUGUGGUCCAGGGAGAGGGUUCCAGAUGCACAUCACAGACAACAUGGGACAGGAAGUGGUGCGAGUUAAUCGAGAGUUCAAGUGUUGCGCUGGCUGCUGUUGGUGCGCCGGUGCUGAUUGUUGCGCCAUGGAAGUCAGUGUAGAGUCACCGCCGGGACAGGUUGUUGGACAUGUGAGACAGGCUACAAGCGGUUGGGCCCCUAAAUACACCAUCAUGGAUGCUGGGAUGAAGACAAUCUUUGAGGUGAACGGGCCAUGCUGUAUCUGCCAGGGACCUUGUUGUACUUGGGACCAAGACUUUGUGAUCACUCCACCAGGUGGCGGUGAGGAGGUAGGGAAGAUCAGCAAGCAGUGGACAGGACUGAUCAAGGAGAUGUUCACUGAUGCAGACAACUUUGGCGUGACAUUCCCCAUUGAUUGUGUAAUUCGUUUCUUGAGAGAUAAAUGCAAGUCUCUCCGUUACCCCACACAAGAGACAGGCUCAGGUCAAAACCGGAGUAACACAGCAGAGGGAAACACGGAGAAUCUUCUCUCUGGCCAACGAACAGAAAGGAUCGAGAUACGUGAUGAAGAGAAUGAAUUAACGGAAAUCAGAUGUACAUCGGUUUGA